AUGUCUAAUUAUUUCUUCCCCAAAGACGGUCUCUGUAGCCAAGCGUUUUUGCUUUGGAGAAUGCUUUCUUCUGCCGGAGGCACGCGCCGUUUCGCCGGGUCGUAUGUCUGCACCUUGACAAGGACCGGCCCUUUGUUGACGGCUUUCUCUCGCUGUUCCUUGAGCUGCUUCAACCUCUCCAACUUCAACCUCUUUCUUGCGGCCUCGUGCUGUUUCUCAAAGUCUUCUGCCCGCAUGUGCUUGCCUCCGGCCUGUUCCUCCAGGUCCGACUCAAACACCUCGUCGGGCAAAAAAUCGGGUAGUUCGUCCGCCUGCGCAAGCUGUUUGAUCUUCUCUUUCUUGGCCUCCUGCUGCUGCUUGAACUGCUCGUCUCUCUGCUUGCGCUUCUCCCGUUCCUGCUUGCGCAACUCCUGCUGCAACCGCUGCUGCUCCUUCUGCUUCUGGAUAGACGCCUGCUUCGACGUGGCAAUCGACUCUUCUUCUGGGGCUUCGUCUGAAUCCGAUUCGUCAGACUCAGACUCUCCCUCAGGUUCUCGUGUGGACUCUCUUGUGUCCACACUCACAAUUUCGGCAUUAUCAGGAAUGGUUCCGUCGUCGGAAAACUUGAUUUUCACAGCAGACCCAACGGUUUUUCCGCUCCUAGUGACAACCAUGGUGUAUGGGCUAUUGUGGUAG